UAGUGGUCCAAGAUUUGUAUCUGUAGCCUUGUUUGUAGUAAGUUCGUCAGGAAGAUAAAUGUAACAUAGUUAUCGUUAUCGUUAUUCCGCGUGUUUCUGAGUACAAAAACAAACAUGUCCGAGAUUGACGCGAAAGUGAACAUGUCCCUCGAUGAGAUCAUAAAGAUGGACAAAAAGGAUAAAAAGAAUAAAAAGACCGCAUCUCCGAAUAAAAAAGGCAGUAUCAAACGGAAUCGCGCAGGCAACGUGCGGGGCCGAGGUGGUUUCAGAGGCCGUGGCGUGAGGAACGCAAAUCAAAACGGUACUGCUGCAAAAGCAAGUCAGUCAUGGCGUCUGAAUCGCAAUCAGAAUCAGAAUAUCAUCCAAGGUGGUUACGUUAAAAGACGCUACAACAAAAACGGCGGCUUAACCAGAUCGAGAAGCAAUUUAAACUUGAACCUAAAACGUGGUGGGCCAAAAAAUACCAACAGAGGUGGCUUGGUAUCACGACGAGGCCGCGGUGGCAGGGCAGGAUUAAACCGCAGCAGGAGCCGCACAAACUUGACCUUUACUCAGAGAGGAUUUUAUACUGGAAACAAUAAUAACAACAACAACAACAAAAAUCUAUUGAAAAGAACAAACAGUUUGCCUAAUUUGAGAGACCCCACCUCCGUGCAUAACAGAUUAGGAUAUCAGAGCCCCGCGCAGGCCGCGUAUCGGAAUCGUGUGAAACGAGCUAAACAAGUACUUCUGCAACGUCAAAGCCAGAGAAUGAAUCAUCCCAAUGAAUUCAGAAUGCCGCAAGCUGGUAAAUCCCUGACGACACUUCAGCAGAGAGCAUUGGAGCGACGCCAACAAAUACUUACAUCUCAACGACGCUACAACACCGGAGGUUUACGCUCUGACCAGAUAGUACGUGCCCAACGACGGACUCAGUAUCUACAGAAACUAAUGAGGAUGAAUACCGCACGGAUGAACGCGGGUCAGAAUGUUAACUUCAUGUGCACUCUUGGAAAUGACUACGGGCGUGAAAUUCGUCAGCGUUCGAUCAGUCUUUCCAGAAAUCAGGGAGGAAACAUAAACAACCUGCGCCAAUUACCUCGGGGACGCUCUCCAUUCAGGCAAAGCGUGCAAAGCUUAAACAUGGUUGGUCGAGCUCCACUUUUCGGCCAGCAACAGAGGCGUUCCCGCUCCAGAUCACGUUCCCGCUCUCGUAAUCGCAACAUCCCUAUUGCUGACCCAGGAACUGAUGUUGAUGAUCGUACCUUCAGUGAAGUUAUGUACAGUUUGUCCGGGAACCUUGGUGUAACCGGAAGGACACUUAACGAUAGAUUCAGUUUCUAAGAGCAAAAAGUGAUUAUCAUAGACCCAUCGAUAAUCUAAGACUGUCAUUCUAGUUGAAAACGCGGUAACUGAAAGAUUUGUCAGAUUAUGCCCAACUGAAGAGAUUUUAGACGUAUGUGUUUGUCUAUCAUGAGGUGGUAAAUCAAUUGAAGGUUGAAACCUUCAUGACGGCGCACCUUUUUCUACCGACAUUAAGAUAUCUACAUCUCAGUAACUGUAAAUCUUUACCACAUAUGACUGACUUCUCAAGGAAAAAAAUUUACUUGGAAAGUACUAUUUUGGUUAAGUUCAAAAUUAUGAUUGAUAUAAAAAAAAAAAAAUUUUAUUUUACGUUACAUCAAUUCUUUUCGCAAAAACAAUCAAACCUUGUAUUGUUUAUCUAUUGGAUUGGUGAUUUAUUCAUCCUUCAAUUGUGCAGAAGAGCGUACAUGUACGCUGAAAUGGCAUGAUUUUGUGGGAUUCGAAAUGGUCAGUAACUUAUAGAUGGCUUUGUGUAAUAGAAAUUUGAAAGUGGUAAAAAAAAUUU